CAGGACUGCAGAUGUCGAAUAAAUUCGGAAGAAAUUGCGGAUGUCGCCAUAUUGUUGCUGCUACCUUCCUUCAGUGUGCACCGUUACCCUGCAUAAUUGAUGACUCCCAGCAAAAUGUUGUGGAAAUCGACCUUUGCUGGAUCCUCCAAAGCACCUUCGUAUUUCAGGAGGCCUUUCUGCAUUGCAGGGUGCAUGGCCUUGGCAGGUGAGCAUACAGUGGAUGUCAAGGCAUAUCUGUGGUGGGUCUGUCAUCAGCCAUCGGUGGGUAGUCACCGCAUCCCACUGCUUCAGAAAUAGUAACAAUUAUAAAUUACGAAUAGUAGCUGGAGUGAAUUCUCGAUACAUGUAUGGAAAGGGUGUCCAGUAUCGUUCAGUCCAGCAAGUGAUCCUGCAUGAGAAUUUCAGCCGAUCGAAUUAUGACAACGAUGUGGCACUUUUGCAUCUACAUCGCCCUUUGCAUUUCACAAAACAUGUGCAGCCUCUGUGCAUAAUGGAAAAUGAAAUGGAUGAGAAACAACUAAGCUUCAGUUCGUGUUACAUCACUGGUUGGGGCAGCUCAGUGUUAGAAGGAAUGUUAUUUAGCACUCUUCAGGAAGCUGAAGUUGAUCUCAUUGAUACUGGGAUCUGCAACCAAAGAAGCUGGUAUGAUGGCCAUGUUAAUGACAACAUGAUCUGCGCAGGAUUUGACAAAGGGGGAGUUGACACAUGUCAGGGUGACAGCGGAGGCCCUCUACAGUGUUACAGCAAAGACAUGGAGAGAUUUUACCUUUAUGGUGUGACAAGUCACGGAGAGGAUUGUGCAUUACCAAAGAAACCUGGCAUAUAUACUCGUGCUAGCCGGUACACCGUCUGGCUGAGAGAAGCUCAAGCAAGAUCUGUAGCUGCUGCCUCAGUCACAGAUCUGCCAGUUUUUAAAUUAAUCUCAGCCCUGUUUUUCUCUGCCUGUAUGGGCCUGCUAAUGUGAGCUGUCCCCCAUCAGAGAUCAGAACAGCUCUCUGGGCUAUG